GCAGCUUCAUCCGUGGGUCUUGGCUUGAUUUAGCACUGAAAAGUGAAACGGCGAGGGUUGUGGAGUGACACACGGUCACGAUUCAGUUCAUUCCUUGAAACAGAACAUGUAGGACCUUCAGACUUAAAGUUGUGCAGAUUUGAGUUUUGUUUUUAGUGAUAUGUUAGCGAAAAGGUUGAGAGACUAACGUGAACAGACAAACAAUCGUACGAGAAAUCUUGACUAUCGAAAAUCACGUGGUGUGCGUUCUCGGCUAGCGUGUCCACGCCCAAGUAUCAAACGUGUUUGAUACCGAGCGUGAGCGGCUGUGGACUUGGCUCUCUCCCGAAGACGUCAGGCAAACUGACGACACCUCGUUCAGGCGAAGAACGAAUAAUGGAACAAUUCGAACAGCUACUAACAUGUGCCAUUUGCUUGGACAGAUAUCGAAAUCCAAAAUUGCUGCCAUGCCAGCACAGCUUCUGCAUGGAGCCCUGCAUGGAGGGCCUAGUUGACUACGUUAGGAGACAGGUGAAAUGUCCAGAAUGUCGAGCAGAACACCGGAUUCCCUACCAGGGAGUCCAAGGAUUCCCGACCAAUGUAACCUUACAGAGAUUUCUGGAACUACAUAUCGAAAUCACAGGAGAACUUCCAGAUCCUACAAGUGGACAGAUAAUGGAGCGUUGCAAUGUCUGCUCUGAGAAGGCGUACUGCAGUUUCUGUCAGCACUGCGAUAAGAAGAUCUGCGAAGAAUGUAAAAGCGCCCAUAUGGAAAUACUCAGGAGGGAAAUAUCUAGAAUAAACAAUCAAAUACGACGUGGAAUACAUAGGUUACAAGACACACUAUCCCUAGUCGAGAAAAACGUCCAAAACAUCCAAACCAACUGCCUCUCAGUAGGCGAGGAAAUCGAAGAAAUCUACCGAAGACUCAACAAAGCCCUCAAGGACAGAACCGAUUAUCUCCGGACGGAAAUAGACAAAUACCUAACCACAGAACUAAAAAGCUUAACUUCGCUCAAAGAAAACCUAGAACAAGAAAUAGCCAACAUAGUGUCGAACUGUGACUUGGCUGAUAAACACAUGAACGAAAAUGUGGAUAUCUGGGAUGACUGUGAAUUGAUGGAUGCUAAGGAGAUUUUCCUGAAAACUGUGGAGUUCAUACGCAACUUUGAGUAUGAAAACUCCGACUAUAGUAGGAAAGUGAGGCUGGUUCUAGCUCAUGAUCCCAACCAGCUAGUGCUACAUGUAGCUGGAUUUGGAGAUUUGAAUAUCUCAUCUAGUCAUUUUGGAGCGACAGGACUGUUGCAGCCUCCAGGUGGCCCCGGCCUAAUGCGAUCUAAGAGCGACCACAGACUAGCGUCCCAAUUCCGCCAGCAAGAAGAACGUGGUUACGAUGACGACCAAGUCCUCGGAGGGCGAAAAUUCGGCGAACGUCCAAAAACAUCCGAAAAUCGUUACGAUUCGCGUUACGGCGAAGACUACGAUCACGAAUCCGCCAGGCCUGGAAGGUCAAAAUACAGCCGGUUCAGAAGACACCAACAUGACAACGAUUCUGACGGCGAAACGCCGGGUGCCAAGGGUGUCAGAUUUUCCGAUCACCACAAGCACGAGAGAGAGAAGGCCUUCGACACUGAGGACGCGUCUAAGGGCCCCCUUAGCGGUAUCACCCGCUUGGCCGACUCACCCAGAGUCAUGAAAAAAAUGCAGGACCACGAAUCAGGCCGACUGAAAAAAAAGGAGGAACCACCUGCGGCGCCGGCCGCGGCUCCUCAGCCGAAAGUGGUACCGAAAAGACCCCCUCCUCCCACAACUCAAAGACAAGUAAGUGAGGAGGACGAGAUAGCCAGGAUCAAAAAGCAAAAUAAGGGUGCAACUACAUCAGCGACUGAAACGCAGGCUGAGACCAGGCCGAGCGAGGAGAGGCAACGUAAGCCUCACGGACCGUCUGAGGCAUCCAGUACCGAGGAGGUUGAGGAUAGUACCGCCUCUCAGAGAAAACCCUCGAUUAGCAAGACAGUCGUACCUGCGACUAGGAGAUCAUCCGAUACCGGUACCAAAAAACCAAGAUCCCCAAGCUCCGAGUCCACGACAUCUACAGAAUCUUCAAGUGCUUCGUCCAGCGUCAUACGCAGCACUGGGGCUCCUUUCACCACCGAAGAAGUGAAACAAAAGAUCCUUUCGAAAAACAAAGCACCUGCCGUACCUGCAGCCGUCUCAAAGCAACCAGCUGCUAAAGGAAGAUACGUAGCUAGCAAAGAAGAAAGUGAGACGAGUAGCGAAGAAGAAACUGAGUCUGAAGAAGAAUCUGAAGAGGAAACAACCAAGGAUACCAAAGAGAUGGCAAAGACAGAUAUUGGGCCUCUGCUAGCGAGAAGUGCGAAUGCCAGAGGGGAUAAUACUUCUACAUCGAAGUAUGGUGCUGCUAAAGAUGACGCUACGUCGAAGUAUUCAAAACCUAGGGAAGAUGAUCAUCCGAGGUAUGGGUACACGAGCAGGUUUUUGAAUAAGAGCAAGAGCAGUGCUGCUAUUCCGCCUGAGGACGAAGAUCUACAUACCAGUAGGUACUCUACUGCCGAUGAGGACAAGUACCCGACAAACCGCUCUAGAUACAUGGCCAUGAAAGAGCGCAGACAACGUCUAGCGAGGAGCAGAAGCAGUCAACAAUUUGGAGAUGAAGAUGAACCUGAUGAACCAGUAUCACCAACAACGUCCAACCCAUCAGCAUAUUUGGCUUCUAGAGGCUACGGUACAAGUUCCGCUCACGACCUCGCUCGUAGUCGCUCAUCGCACGCUCUGAAAUCGCGCGAUAACUCGCCCGAGCGCCCUUCACCCACCUCGGCAGCCGAAAAGGACGGGGCAGCCCUAAGUUCCUGGGCGCGCUACCUGAAAAACAAAUACGGAAACCGUGGAGGGGCGUCCAAGGACAAGGACUCUGCUGGUGGGGGACCUUCGGCGUCAUCAAGCAGCGCUUCCUCAGCAGCGGCAAGACGUUUGUCGCUAGGUCUGCCCUUGAGGUCUUCUACUGACUUAGCCAGUUCUGACGACGAUUCAAAAAACAUGCGAGGCUCCCCCACUACCCAUACAGCAGCUACAGCGGUAGCCGGUAUCGCCCAAGCGGUGGCCGGUACCUGCCUUAGAGGCCAGUACCUCGAGAAAGGUGCCCAGCUGUUUCAAAUUGGUAGCAGGGGGAGCGAAGCCGGAUGUUUUACCUGGCCACGGGGCAUCGCCGUUGGUCCGGAUAACUCCAUCGUUGUCGCUGAUUCCUCCAAUCACAGAGUACAGGUAUUUGACUCAAACGGCCGCUUUGUGAAAGAGUUCGGUCAAUACGGUAACAAAGAAGGCGAGUUCGACUGUCUGGCAGGCGUAGCAGUGAAUCGCAUCGGACAAUACAUCAUUGCAGAUAGAUACAACCAUCGCAUUCAAGUCUUCGACCCUUCAGGAAGGUUCCUGAGGACCUUUGGAAGUCAAGGGACCGCUGAUGGUCGCUUCAACUACCCGUGGGGCAUCACCACUGAUGCGCUUGGAUUCAUUUAUGUGUGUGACAAGGAGAACCAUAGAGUACAGGUCUUCCAGUCAGAUGGCACAUUCGUUGGUAAAUUCGGCACCAUGGGUAGCGGUGAAGGUCAGUUAGAACAUCCACACUACAUUGCAGUGUCCAGCACGAAUAGGGUCGUUGUUUCCGACUCAAACAACCAUCGUAUUCAGAUCUUCGACGUUAAUGGAAAGGUCAUCACCACCUUUGGAUCUGAAGGAGCGGACGAGGGUCAGUUCAAGUUUCCGAGAGGAGUUGCAGUUGAUGAUCAAGGAUACAUUUGCGUGGCAGACUCUGGCAAUAACCGCAUCCAGAUCUUCACCCCAGACGGUCAGUUCCUCAGGGCUUUCGGCUGCUGGGGCAGUGGAAAGGGCGAAUUUAAAGGACUUGAAGGGAUCGCCAUGUCUCCCAACGGACACAUCCUUGUGUGUGAUCGAGAGAACCAUCGCAUACAGAUAUUCUAAGUUUUUGUUUUUAUCAAUCUGUAUUUUCUUUUUGUGACAAUGAAAUUAACCAAUGUAAUUUGUGUGAUGAUUAAAUAAACAAUGAUGAAUGCAUUUA